AUGUACUUUUACGUAGAUGAAUAUAAUGGCUAUUACUACCGUUACGUUCCGUACGGUGGUGGAUUACUCUUUAUGAUCAUGAUUUUUCUUAUCUGUUGUUGCUGCUUAUUGAGUGCAAGCGAAGUUCCUCCCUACGGAUAUUACUAUGAUUGUAUGUGCUGUGGACCAUGUAUUCACUGUCGUCCUUUUUAUCGUCAUCAACAUCAUCUAAAUCCUGUUGUCGUGGUGCAAGAGGAAGUUGUAUUCGUUGAAUCCAAUUCACAGAAGGAUAGAAAACUUUCUGAAAUUGAUUUCACAGUUCUCGGAUGA